AUGAGGGUACCGGCAACCCAGCAGUUUGACGCCCCAUCGGGGACCUGGAGUGCCACUGCUGAGACGCCCAGCCCCGUCUCCUGGAUCGUCCUGGUCGAGGACGGGGCGCAGGUCGUGCGACAGGCUGUGACUGGCAGGACUCCUGGGCGGGGUUCUGGGGUGCUGCUCAUCGUGAGCGGUGACAAGGUGCUGUCCAGGGCUGACAGGGCCGGGCAGCGGGCUCCCUUCGGCCUCAUGUCUGACUCCAGCUCGAGGUCGAGCCGCCGCCGCCUGCUGGCCACCAGCGACUGCACCCUGGACAUCUCGGGCACCGCCCACUCCUUCACGGCCUGCCAGAGCGUGGCCACCGGCUUCACCGUCUACACGGCGCUGGAGGCUGGCGUCGGCGGCGUCGCCGUCCUGCGCAUCGGCCUGGAGGCGGCCGCCUCCGGCGGCUGGGCUGGGUUCGGGGUGUCUGCCACCGGCGACAUGGUGGGGGGGCAGGUGGGCGUGGCGGCCACCGACCCCGGCGUCCCCUCGGGCGCCACCGUGUCGGGGUUCGUGCUGCCCUCCACCUCCGCCCGCCGCGUGAACGCCGCCAAUGGGACGCUGGCCCUGACCGAGGCCAGCGCCGCGGCGCGGCCCGACGGCACCCUCCUGGCGACCUGGGCGGUCCCCCUGGAGGGCACGGUCGCGUCGGCGCAGGCCGGCCCCACACGAUUCAUCUACGCCAUUGGGCCCCUGUCUGAGCAGGGGGUGCUGGCCUCCCACGCCCGGGGGGGAACCUACCCGUACGGCGACGUCAGCAUCAACCUGGUGGCGGCAUAG